AUGCCGAUAAUCCACAAGCUUGAACUUGAAGCGAUGAGACAAUCUACAAGCCCUACAUCGACGCCGCGUGAGCCCUACAUCGACGCCGGCAAUCAUGUGGCGGCACAAAGGCACAGGCCGUCGAUGCAGGACCUCCCGAUGGAGGUGGCCACUCAGAUCGUGGGCCACCUCACGGCGACGUCGGUCUCUCCCAUGGACGACCUCCGCAGUCUAGGGGCAACGUGUUGCUUCCCGCGUGGCGUCACCAGCGACCGCACCGUCGGCCAGCGCAUCAAUGUACGUCGAUUCGCCGCUGCCAUGUUAUGGAGAGACCGCGCUGCCUACGCUGCCCUCCUUGCUGACCUGACCGACAUCGGCAACCUAGAGGCCUGCUACAUGACCGGGAUGAUGAACGUCUUCUCCAAGGGAACGCCGGAGGCCCGGCCAUGCAUCAUCGAGCUCGCCCAUGCUACCGAACGAGGGCACAAUGUGGCAGCCUAUGUGGCCGCCAUCCUCCUCUUCAGAGCCAAUACCGGAGCCGAUGACAACCAAGCUGUGAGGCAGUACAAGCGCCAAGUCGAGGGCGUGGAAGAAGUGGUGGCGGGGGCGGCUGGCGGCGCCGGCAGAUCAAUGUUCAGCAACGAGGGCUGUCUACACUGCCGCGAGCUUGCCUUCGCCUGCGUCAUGGGAACACACUGGCGCCGGUGGGUACAAGUGCCGCAGUUGGCGUCGCCGGUGCCGCGCGGCGACCUUCGCUGCGCAGGCUUCCCGUGUAGCCAUCCUGUCGAUGAGUGGGACCCUGAUGGAUUGAGGCAGUUCUGCAGCGAGGACUAUAUGAUUCAACAUGAAGUCAAUCUACUCUUCAAGGGUUUUGGAUACUAG